UUUAAUCGUUUUCCACUUUUCCUCCUCGUCUUCUGGGCUCUGGCUGCCAACUCCAAGAGCGGCCUGCCAAUCCGAGGAGUGAGGGAGAGGGAGACGCGCAACUGGUGCGCAAAUGUCAAUCCGAUGGUACCGCCGCGGUUCUUCUCCUCGUCGGCCGGUCGCGCUGGAGCUCCGCCGGUCCUCCUUGUCCAUUGGCUGCCAACCCCAAGAGUAACCACCAAUCCAAGGAGUGAGCAAGGGGGUGCACGAGUGGCAAAGCAUCAAUCCGACGGCACCACUGCUCUUCUCCUCGCUAACCCCCAAUGGUGAUAACAUGAUAUCGAUGUGAAGUUUUGUGGCACUUGUAUCCCUUACAAGUAAGUGUUCGGGUGAUCCUUUUGAGCAAAUGGAAGGCACUAACCAACCCCCUGGAAGCAGGAUGCAAGGGGCUCCCUUUGGCAGUUUAGACUUACAUGGCAACUCUAUGGAAACACAUGCUCCAAACUUAGGAAAGCAGAUCUUUAUCAACUCUCAAAUACCUGGGACCCUCACAAUGAACAGGGCUUCAGAGCCUGAUGACUUUCCUGGGUUUCAGUUCAAAGAAGAUGGAAGGAGUGAUAAGAACCACCAUCAGCACAGUCAUCACUCAAAGAACGGCUUGAUUGAUGACGAGGGACAUUAUAUGACUGAAGAUGCUACCAAUACCCCCAGUGUCAAAGGCAAGAAGGCCUCUAUGUGGCAUCGCAUGAAGUGGACAGAUUCAAUGGUAAAGCUUUUGAUUACAGCAGUGUCUUACACUGGAGAUGAUCAUGGUGCUGAUUUAGGUGGUGGCAGGAGGAACUCUACAAUAAUGCAGAAGAAGGGCAAAUGGAAGGCGAUAUCGAAGGUCAUGGGGGAGAGAGAUUGCCAUGUGUCACCACAACAGUGCGAGGAUAAGUUCAAUGACCUUAACAAGAGGUACAAAAGGCUGAUAGACAUCCUUGGUAGGGGUACUGCUUGCGAUGUUGUGGAAAAGCCAGAACUUCUUGAUAGCAUGAAUCAUCUUUCUGAUAAGAUGAAAGAUGAUGUGAAGAAGCUACUUAACUCAAAACAACUGUUCUUUGAAGAGAUGUGUUCCUACCAUAACAACAACCGUAGGAAAUUGCCUGAAGAUCAUGCACUUCAGCAUUCACUACUGCUUGCUCUCAGAUGUAAAGAGGACCAUGAUCCUCUGAGGGAUGCAAGUGGAGAUGCUGAUGAAGAUGAUCAAAGUGCGGAUUCUGAUCAUGAGGAGAAUGAUGAUGAAGAGCAACAUCCUGUGCAUACAAACAUGAGGGAGCCCUCCAUGGACAAAAGGGCUCGCCACGGCGAUGCAGCUUUGCUCACCUCAAGCUCUCAUGAAGGUAUUAAGAGGUCUGAUCCCCAUGGCAUAACAGUGGACAUCAACAAGGCUUUCCCAGAUGGAACCAACUGGGCUUUGUUGCAACAGGACUUGGCUUCACAAUCACUAGAGGUCCGGAAACGUCUCUUGCAGAUUGAAGAAAAGAACCUGGAACUCAAAAAGCAGUGUGUUAAGUGGGAGCGAUUCAGGAAGAAGAAGGAUAGGGAGAUAGAAAGGAUGGCGAUGGAGAAUGAGCAUAUGAUGAUUGAGAAUAAGCAAUUGGAACUUGAGCUAAGACAGAAGGAGCUAGAGUUAGAGCUUAAGCUAAAAGGCCAGGCCAAUCAUGCAUGACCUUUGGUUGAUCAAAGCUUCUAUUCUGAAGUUGUUUCAGGUCGCAGAUGGCUUCUGAUUCAGAACGGAGUUGCGCUUCUGGAAGAGUUAAAGGUGGCGGGUUAUCAGAGUACUCGGAUAACCAUUUCUGUGCAUAUUACUUAGUUCUGUGUGGUGUACUGGUUGGGCCUCCUGCUUGUAACAUUCCCCUCUUGGGCAGUAGCAGUAUCAGGCUUGAUGUGCUGUGUCUGUAAGGCCGUAACUUGAACUAUGUCGUGGUACCUUUUCCUCUUCAGCUUUUAAUCUUUUAUGUCAGGGUGUUAAAAGAACCUGAAGAGUAACAGUUUUAGCUGAAGGAAGAAAUCUGGGGUUCAAGAAUGGAGUAAAAAGGAGGAAUAAUAAUAAUUAAUCAUGUGCCAUUGCAAA